GUAAAACGCAGCAGUUUCUGCAAGGCUCUUCCUCCCAUUUCAUGCACAAAAUAACUUUCCUUAUUGAGCAAGUCGGGGGGAGAUUAACAAGCAUGGAUGCAAACGUGCAUGUCAGCACGUCAGAUGCUGCAAUGAGAUCUGUCAAAUAAGACGCCUGCAGCUGAACUUUGAACAAGCUCGGAGGGACAGCGAGACAGAAGAAUUAUGGACUUGUUCGUGGCAAACGAGACAUCCCCCGAGUGUGCAGGAACGCAUACUUUUGCAGCCCGGAACGGGAGCUCGGAGACGUCCAACCUGAGCUGCAGCAACAUCUCCACGCCGCUCACACCUCGCGGUGUGCGACCAGCGGCAGGCGAUAACCAUACACUGAGGAUCCUUCUGUACGCCCUCAUCUUCUUCCUAAGCGUGUUUGGGAAUCUGCUGAUCAUCCUGGUUCUGACGGCCAACAAGCGCAUGCGGACAGUCACCAACACCUUCCUGCUGUCGCUGGCCGUCAGUGACCUGAUGAUGGCGGUCUUCUGCAUGCCCUUCACCCUCAUCCCCAACAUCCUCAAGGAUUUCAUCUUCGGCGCCACCAUGUGCAAGAUAGUGACCUAUCUGAUGGGUAUAUCAGUGAGCAUCUCUACGUUCAGCCUGGUCGCCAUAGCGAUUGAGCGCUACAGCGCCAUAUGUAACCCAUUGAAGUCAAGGGUGUGGCAGACACGCUCACAUGCUUACCGGGUGAUUGCGGCGACAUGGCUGCUGGCUCUCAUCCUCAUGAUCCCGUAUCCAGUGGUCAGUCAUCUGGACUCCUUUCAGCGACCCGACAACACCACCGCCCACCGGUGUCGCUGCAAGUGGCCCGUCAUCAUGGCCGAGCAGACCUGGUACAUUCUGCUGCUGCUUUUGCUGUUUGCCAUUCCGGGGGUGGUGAUGAGUGUGGCCUAUGGACUCAUCUCCAGGGAACUUUAUCGAGGGAUCCAGUUUGAGAUGGGACACAAAAAAGACUCUACAGACGUGAAGAAUGGCUUAACGUCAGCAAUGACCAAUGGCAACGACGAUGGAGAUGGCUGCUAUGUCAAUGCCCAGCGUCCCUACGGGCUGGAAAUGUCCGCCAUGACUGCCUCUGUCAAGACUCCCAAGGCGGACCGACCACGCAGCAACACAUCAGAGGCAAAGCUCGAGGCAAAGAAGCGAGUUAUCCGCAUGCUGGUGGUGAUUGUGGUCCUGUUCUUUCUGUGUUGGAUGCCGCUGUACUGUGCCAACACGUGGCGAGCUUUCGAUGGCACAUCUGCCAAACAAGCCCUCUCUGGAACGCCUAUUGCUUUUAUCCAUUUGCUCAGCUACACCUCUGCUUGUGUCAACCCCAUCAUCUACUGUUUCAUGAACACCCGUUUCCGAAAGGCUCUGCUUGCCACGUUUUCCUGUUGCUUCGCCCCUUGCCGUCGCCAUCGCCGCCGCCGUCACGGGCUUCGGGACAACGAGGAUGACGCUACGGCCAUGGGACCCUCCAUGUCCAAGUUCAGUUACACUACGGUCAGCACUAUGGGAACUUGCUGAGGCUGAUCCAGGUGGUUCCAGCACAGAUCAUCUAUUGUGUUUAGACAAAGGGAUGGAAUUUGCCGUGAUGUAGCACUAGCAGCGUAGAAUAGCUGUUUUUACAUUGUAAAUACCUUCAUUUCUAUAUAAAAACACAUCAAGACCAUCAACUCUUGCAUAACUUGCAUUUUGUAACUGGAUUUGCAUUAUUGUAUUCAUUUUAUUUCAUACAUUUCAGUCAGUUGUUUAUAUGUUUGUGACUGAUUCAGCUGCCUUGUGUAUUCUGUAUAAGUGCCUGCUUUUUUCAAUGGUAACAUUAUCCCGGUACAGUGCUGUUAAAAGAAACUGCAAAUCAUGAACAAUUUGGGUUAAUUAAUCUAAAUGUGUGGUCUACAAGGAUCAGUGAGGGUGCCACUAAGCCCAGUGUUAAGAAUCAGCAACCAGUUACUCUGUAAUUUAAUUGAUCACAAAUAUACUGUGCAUCUUUAGUAAACUAUAAUUGUAAUAAUCAUCUAAAAAUAAAACUGCAUAUGCACAAAUUCUCCACACAGGAAAAUUAACGAUCGAUAUAAAAGAGCUUUUCUUCCUGUUACUCACAUACACUACCGUUCAAAAGUUUGGGGUCACCCAAACAAUUUUGUGGAAUAGCCUUCAUUUCUAAGAACAAGAAUAGACUGUCGAGUUUCAGAUGAAAGUUCUCUUUUUCUGGCCAUUUUGAGCCUUUAAUUGACCCCACAAAUGUGAUGCUCCAGAAACUCAAUCUGCUCAAAGGAAGGUCAGUUUUGUAGCUUCUGUAACGAGCUAAACUGUUUUCAGAUGUGUGAACAUGAUUGCACAAGGGUUUUCUAAUCAUCAAUUAGCCUUCUGAGCCAAUGAGUAAACACAUUGUACCAUUAGAACACUGGAGUGAUAGUUGCUGGAAAUGGGUCUCUAUACACCUAUGUAGAUAUUGCACCAAAAACCAGACAUUUGCAGCUAGAAUAGUCAUUUACCACAUUGGCAAUGUACAGAGUGUAUUUCUUUAACGUUAAGACUAGUUUAAAGUUAUCUUCAUUGAAAAAUAAGGACAUUUCAAUGUGACCCCAAACUUUUGAACGGUAGUGUACACUGUACAUAAAGACGGGUGGUAUGACCUGAAAUCUACAUUGCCAUAUAUUGCAGCCUCCUGCGAUAACAAUAUAUUUCACGAUAUAGUAUUUGGUAUGUAAAUGAUAAUAGAACCAUUUCAAAAUGAGUUACAAAGGCUCCUUCACCUAUGUGGUAACAAUUGUAACAUUUCAGCUUGUAUUAUUUUGUCAAAACUAUUAUUAAUCUACUUACUAAGUUACUGUUAAUAUCUGGUUACUUCCGGUUAUAACAUGGUUAUAUAUACACUUUUGUUAAAAUGUACUUGGACCUUAUUUUUCUAUUCGAAUAUUGGUUUUGGGCGAUACUACAAAUUUAGGUAUCGAUCCAAUACAAAGUAAUUACAUGGGCAGUAUUGAUAAUAACAAAGCUGUUACUGAUACUUACAAUUUUCAAGAUUAUUUACUUUUGAUCACAAUUAUAAUCAGACAAAAAAACAGGAUGCCGACGUAAAAAUUUAAAUUAAAUAUUAAAAUUUUACUGGCUCUGAUUCAAAUCAUUUGUUUUUUGCCGUUAAAGCUCUCCUGUGUUCGGGGACUAAUUUCCAGAGUUUGUAAACAAUAACAAAAACGACAAAAGAUUUUUUGAUAGCAAAAAAUAUCGUUCUAACGACGGUAGAAUCGACCAUACACUGAUAGUAUACUUGGUAUCGUUACUGUCGAUAUUUGUAUCGAUCCGCCCACCAUUGUUAACAUUCCAGGGCUCUAGCUCAGCAGUUAGCGUAUUUCCUGCCAUGUGUAAUGUAGCAUGUUUAGCAAUUGCUCGUCCUCUAGCGAUGAUAUUUGUAAAAAAUGUUUUUUUUUUGUUGCGGUGGGGGCGAAGAUUGCUGCUUUAGAAGUGGAUUUUCACUGUGGAGGGACGUUAAUUGCUAGCAAGGACUCUACAUGGCUGUGAAGACGUGUUUGUUUGCUUGUCACUGUCAAACUUGGGGGACACAGCUAGACAACAUGCAUUAUCACGAUGUAAUGAUAGUAUUUAAAUCUCUAUCGUAGGCCAACUUUAUAACAUUUAUAGUGUAUAUCAUCUAUAUCGCACAAUCCCAACUGUGCUUUGUUACUUUCUAAAAAGGUAAGGGAUAGUCUCUGUCUGUAUGUUCUGCUUCGGUGCUAAGGUUGUACUGAGCAGAAAAAUGCUGUAGUUGUAAAAGUCAAUCAACGUCAAUUAAAAUCAACUUCUCAUAGCUGAGGUUUUUCUUCUGGACAGCAAACUCCUCCAGACUGAAUCAACAGCGCCUCCACUGGUUACAGCCAAGCAGUGUGCACCAUUUUAUAUCAAUGUCUUCAUCAGUGAUCCGUCAAUCAAUCGCACAGUCCAAGGGGCCACAGCAAGUUCAAUUUUGUACGUCUAUCUAAAUGAUGAUCAACUAGAUUAUUAAUAUGAUGUAUUCAUUUUAGCCAUGGUAAUUUAGGCGGUCUGAGAGGGGUAAUCUGAAAUAGAGUUAUGAACUGAUUAGGAAUGGAAUGGCACAUUAGGAACGAUCUAAUAAUAGAAUGAUCAAGGACUGUUUUUUUGCAUUUAUAACAUCUAUUGAGUUUUUCUGCUUUUUUUCUCCUGGGAACAGCGAGUUGGCAGCAGCCUUUAAUAUUUAACGGUGUUAUUGCGGGUAUCAUGUAGUUAAUUGUAAAUACAUAAAUUCAGGGGUUUUUAAAGAUUUCAUGUCCCUGCAAAACAGACACACGCUUCAUUAUUACAUCCAGGCUUCUCGCUUGUAGGGUCUACACGUGUAAUGUCUUAUUGCUAAAGCUGAUAGAUAUUGGUUUCUAUACUGUAAGAAUGUAAAUCCAUUAAUUCCACACAGGGUCAACAUGGAUCACAGGUUAAUAAGGUUGUUCUUAUCCAAGAUCCUCAUUGGACAUACAGUACAGGACCAAGUAUAGAAGCAUAGAAAUGCAAUAUCGACUAUGUUUAUAAGUGACACUUAAGUUGGGGUUUUUUCCCCUCCCAGAGAGCUUUUCAAAGACUAAUUUCCCUGUGGUGUCACAAAGGUUGUGUGAUGUCAACACCCACUCCGGCUCAUCCACUUGCCACUCAGUCUGAAAAUCAGCUUAUUACAUUUCUGGCAGAUCGGUGCCACUUGUUUGCUCUUUUCCGUCCUUACUAAUUCAUACUGAGCCUGGAUGGGAUGUGCAAGCAAUCUUAUAGGGUCUUUCUCAAAAUGAUGAUCAAAAUAUGUUGGGAAGAACAUUUCUGCAAAGAGAUUGAAUAUUUAGAUUUUAACUAACUGUAGGGCGGGCAUGCAUUUAAACAAUUCCGGUACCGAUUCCUUGUUUCGAGUCCAGUUCCUAACGAUUCUUUAUUCCAAUUCUUAAAAAGGCAAGGUCAUCAUAAAAGUUUGCAUGGUUUGAAUGAAGGGUGCUACCUAGAGAUGUCCGAUAAUAUCGGACUGCCGAUAUUAUCGGCCAAUAAAUGCUUUAAAAUGUAAUAUCAGAAAUUAUCGGUAUCGGUUUCUAAAAGUAAAAUGUAUGACUUUUUAAAACGCGGCUGUACGGAGUGGUACACGGAUAUAGGGAAGUACAGAGCAGUUGCAUCUCCCAGUCAUACUUGCCAACCCUCCCGAUUUUACCGGGAGACUCCCGAAUUUCAGUACCUCUCCCAAAAAUCUCCCGGGGCAACCAUUCUCCCGAAUUUCUCCCGAUUUCCACCCAGACAACAAUAUUGGGGGCGUGCCUUAAAGGCACUGCCUUUGCCUGCCGGCCCAAUCACAUAAUAUCUUUGGCUCUUCACACACACAAGUGAAUGCAAUGCAUACUUGGUCAACAGCCAUACAGGUCACACUGUGGGUGGCCGUAUAAACAACUUUAACACUGUUACAAUUAAGAAUGACAAACACAUUACGGGAGAACAUCCGCACCGUAACACAACAUAAACACAACAGAACAAAUACCCAGAACCCUUUGCAGCACUAACUCUCC